AAAGCAUUUAAGUUUAUUUGAAAUCGAUUAAAAAUACAUUGAGCUUUUCCGUCUUUUAAACUACAUAAUAUAGCAUAUGUAAGAUUCAAAUUUUCGAAUAGUAAAACAAAAAGUACAUGAAUUUUUAGAAAAAUCAAUAAUUCAUUCAAUAUAAUAAUAAAAUAAUAAAACUACAAAUAAACAACAACCAAAUCUAUAAUAAGAAAGGAAGCAAAUAAUAUAAAAUAUAAUUUAAAAUGUAAUAAAGUUUAAUGAUUAUGAUACAGUUAGACUUAUAAUAGAAUUUUUUACACCAGGAAAAAUUCCUGAUUAAUUAAUACUAAAACUUUUGAAUAUUUUAGUAAGUUUUUAAGGUAAUUUAAUAAUAAUAAUACUAAUAUAUAUAUAUAUAGGAUAAAAUAUAAAAUAAUACUCUAACGAAUUAUUAAGUAAGUUUUUAUCAACAUGUACUCUUAUAUAAAAUCCUAAAAACCGGAUUAUAUAUUCCGAAUUAAUGCUAAAAAUAUAUGAUAAUUUAUCUAUAUGUGUAGAAAAUCAAGACGAAAUAAAUAUCCAAUCUAUAGAAGACAUAACUAUUUCAAUAUAUUCUAUGAUAUCAACUGAAUGGAUAAGCUAAGGAGAUUUUGAAUGUUAAUAAAUUACUGUUAAUUUAAUUGGACAUAUGGUUUAAUUUUUCCCAAAAGAAUAAAUAUAUAAAGUAUGCGAUAAGAUAAUAUAAGAUUUUAUAACCCAUUUAAAAAAAGCAAAUGAGAAAAAUAGUUAAAUAUAUAUAGGCUUUAAUAAACUAUUGGAAAAAUUACUAAAAACAAAUAAAGCAUAUUUUGAACAUUAAAUAAAGUCGAUAUAAGUUCAAUUAUAUGAGGCAUAUAAAAAUCCGAUUUUCUCUCUGAAUUUUGACUCUUUAUGGAUAACUAAUUUUCUCCUUUAAAGAAAUUUCCAAAACAUAUCUUUAUAAACUAAAAAAACUCUUAUCAGUUCUUUUUAAAAAAUUACCUUCGAAUCUAAUGUUGAAUUAAGGUAUGUUAUAAUCGAAAAUAUCUUUACUUUAUUUAAUUAAAAAACUUUUCUGGAAGAAAUUUAAGACUUAAAAUAAGAUAAUAUAGAUAUUUCUUUCAUGCUUUUUUACCUAGUCCAAUAGGCAUCAAUCCACCCUUAAGAAAUUGAGGACAAAAAACAUAUAAAAACUCUCCCUUUUUAAACAACAUUAGAAAAUCUCAAAAAUCGUGCAUAAUAUUUACUCUAAAUCAUCACAAAUAGCUUCGUUUUGCAAACCUAAAGUUUAAUCUGGCCUUAAAUUUUAGAGUUUAUUCCAAACCCAUCAUUUUCCCCUGGCUUGAGUUGUGUUUUGAAGUGUAUAUAGUGUUUUUUUUUUAAAUAUAAGGAAAAUUUUUCAAAAUUUCCAACUAUUAAUAAUUCGGAUUAAAAAAUUCCCAAAAUUUCGAGUAUAUUAGUAAGACUAGUUAUCCUUUUAAGAAUCCCAUAGUAUUUUAAAGGAUUAGGAGUAGAAAUAAUAAAGGCUUUACCUUUUCUUUUAAGUUUUUAUACUAAAAGAAAAGAUUAAAAGAAAGAAAUAAUUAGUAUAUGUAAUGAAAUUGAAUUUACAAUAAUGUAAGAAAAUAAUAACGACGAAAAAAAAUAUUGUGAAAAAAUUUAUUAAUUAUGGAAGGUUUUACUUGAUUAAUUUGAUAGUAAUGAACAUUUUAUGAAUUUGCAUGAAGAUAUAAUCGCUGUAUAUGGUAAUUAUAAUAAAAUUUAAGAUUUAUAAGUCCAUAUGAUGAAAAUGCAUGCAUUAAUUUUAACGAAAAUAGAAAGCUAGGAGGUUAUUAAGAAUUAAAUGGAUAAAUUUGUCAAUUAAGUAUAUAAUGAUUACUCUAAUCAUGCUAUUAAUCUUAAUAUAGAUAAAAUAGAACCUCCAAUAUAAAUGAAAACUGCUCUAGCAGAUACAUUUGCAUUAAUAGCCACUGAAAAAAUAGAUCUAGUUACAGAUAAAAUAAGAAAUAUUUUAAAUUCUUAGGUUAUUUAAAAAAAAUAAUAGUAGGGAUUUGGUAUUGGAAUUCUAGGAAUUUUUUCUAAAAAUGGAAACGAUGAUACUUUUUUAAUACCUAUAUUAUCUAAUAUGAUUUUAGCUUUAGGUUAUAUAUGUAUAAGGGUAGAUAGUAGAAAAUUAUUUAAGAAAUUAGAAGGAAAUAUUAUUAAUAUAUUUGCCGCUUUUUUAGAAAAAUAAGGAGAUGAGAUUCAAUUAAAUAUAUAAAAAUGUAUGGAAAUGAUAAGUAAAGGAGUACUUUUUAUAUAAAAUAAUUGCGAAUAACCUGAUGUGAUUGAAAUUUAAAAGAUUUUCUGUAAAUAUAAGGAUGUAUUUUAUAAGACAUCCCUUUAAAAUUUCAAGAAUAGUAAAAUUUAAUAAAUAAAGUCUGUUUCAUGGGAAUGCAUUUGUACUUUAUUUAAAUUAGAGCCUGCAUAUUCAUAUGAAUAAAAUAUAUAUUUUUUUAAUCUAUGUAUAUAAACUGUAGAAAAAUAAAUAGAAAAUAUCUCUUUUUAUGAAAAUUAAUUUGUUUAUUUAUUCUAAUCGAUUCUUUACCAUAAAAAACUUAAAUAAGAAGAAGAAACUAAAGUCAAUUAAUAUAUUUCGGUUUGGUAAUUAUUUUCUGAAAUAAUUAAAAAAAUAGAAAAAACAAAAGACUAAAAUACACUAUUAAUAUAUUAUACAAGCUUAUUAAAAGCUUUAUAUGAAAAAUAAUUAAAACUCGAUGAAAACGAAGAUAUUUAACAUUUUACGAUUAUUUUGGUCAUUUUUCUGUCUCAUAUAUAUAAAAAUAACUGUGAUUUGUAAAAGAUCUCUUUGCUUUGUUUAGAAAAAAUAAUUAUUUCAUGGAAUAUAUACUUAGAUGUGAAUAAUAGGAAUAUAGACUUAUUAAAUGAAAGCUUAGUUUCUUAAUUAUCGAAAAAAAUGUCAUUUUAGGAACUUUAAAGUAUAGUCAAUGAAAGUAUAUAAAGAGUUAUUAUAGAGGAAAAUCUUUAAGUUUUGAACGGAUUUACUUCUUUGCAUAAUAAAUUUUAUACUUUGAAAGAAAAUGAACUUAGUGAUUAAUUAGAAAAAGUGCUAUAAAGCUAUUAUUAGGUGUUCGAAGUUUAAGAAAGGCUUAAUUGUGAAGAAAGCUAAAAGGAAAGCUUAAUUGAAUAUGUAAUAUGUUUAUUAGAGAAAAAUCUAAAUAAAGGCUUAAAUAUUUUAUUGGAAGAAUAAGUCGUUUUCCCGAUAAAUGCGUUUUCAGGAAAGGUUUUGAAAAGGAUUGUGGGCAAUAAAGGUCUGCUUUUUAAAACUUUUAAUCAUUUAACGGACGUGGUUAAUAAUCCAGAAGAUAAAUUAUUUAAAAAUAAAGGAAAUGCGAUUAGUCAUGCUAUACUUUUUAUUGGAUUUUUAUUUGAAGUUAAUAAUGAUAUAAUUCAAAUGGUUUCUAAAAAAUAUUUCUGUGCAAUUUUUGGAACGUUUCUUUUAAAAUUUUCAACAUCUUUAGAUUAUGAAUUUAAUAAAGAUUAAUUGAAAGAAGUUAAUUCUUCUAAAAUAUGUUUUUGGUCUUUUUAAUAAUUUUUAAAAAAUUCUUAUAAAAUGCAAUUAUUAGAUGAUUUUUCUACUGGAUUAUAAUAAAAGCUUAUUUACGAAGAUUCUUUUGAAGACGGAAUUUCCGAAUUAUUAAUGAUUUUAUGUAAAAAUAGUAAACUUUAAGAAAUAAAUGGAAUUCUUGAUUUUUUAAAAGCUUUUAUUUAAAAAAGUCUAAAAUCAUAAAAAAGUGUAUGUUUAAUAGUCAUAAGCCAAUUAAUUUAAUCCACUCAUUUUGUUUUUGAUUUUUAUGAUCAAAUAAACAUUAAUUUAAUCGAAAAAUGGUAUAUGUAUUUAAUUAAUACUUUACUCUAAAAUUCAUAAGAUAAUAGCGAUUAGAUUAGAUCUAUUGUAUUUAAAGGAAUAGGAAAUAUUACUUAUUUACACAAAUAUAAUAUUGCCUUAUAUAAAGAUGAUAAAACUGAUUUAGAAUAGGAAUUUAAUAAUAUUUCUAAUUAAGAUAAUAAUAAUUUAAUAAAUGAAUAAAAAUAGUAUAAUUGUGUAAAAGACGCAUUAAAUAGUUUACAAAAUUUAAUUUAAUUUAUAAAUCCGUCUUUUUUAAAUCCUUAUUUAAUAAAUUUAUUAUAAAAAGUUACAAUUAAUUUCGAAAAGUAUUAAUAUUUAUAUAAAUGUAUUUAUAUUUUAUUAAAAACUAAAAGAUAAGAAACAAUAUUAAGAAUAACUUCAUUUAAUUUAUAUGGAAAAUUAUUAGAAAAACUAAAUUAAUGUGAAGAAAAAGAAGAAUAUAUUGAAAACUAAUUACAUUAUAUAAUAAUUUCAAAUAUAGUACAUUUAAUGGACGAAAGUAAAUAAAUUUAGGAAAUAUGUAAAAUUAAUCUUGAAAAAGUAUCAAAUAUGCUCUCUUUAUAACCUAUAAAUGAUAUUUUAUAAGAAAAUUUAUCCGAUAAUGAAUUUAAUGUAGAUUUUUUGGAAAAAGAAGAAAAAUUAAUGCUCAAUUUAAUUUCUUUUCUUUCUAAAAAUUUCACAAAUAAAAUAUAUUUAUAUGCGGAAACUUUAGUUGAAUAUACAAAAUCAUUUGAUGAAAAAAUUAAGUGUGCGUCUAUUUUAAAUCUUAUUUAUAUUUUUAGAUUAUUACAAAAUGAAUAAUAGGAUAGUUAAAAAGUUAUUAUGGAUAGGCUAUAUGAAAUUAUAGAAGGAUAAGGUGAGAAGAUUAGUAUAAUAGAUAAGUAUAUCAUGAAAUCAACAGUAUUUUUAAUUAAAGAAUUAAAUAAUGAAUAAUAAUGA